AAGAAGAGGCCAGCGAUGGCUCCAGCGGGAGCAAAGCAUUACCCUUCAAAAAAUAGAAGAGAGAGAGAGAGAGAGAGAGAGAGACGAAGGUGACGGUUGCAUGUAAUAAUGUAAUAUUAUGGUGGCUUAAUAGGAGCCGUUGGAUUGUCAAGUGCUGGUUGCCAUGGGAGUGUCGUUGUAUCACGAUUCACGAUGUUACUUCAACGACCGCGCAGGCAACAGACGUCGGACGAAACAACCUAGUUCCAAUUAUAAUAUUUAUUUUGUAGGGAGUAUUUGAUUCCUAAGAUCCUGGUGUAGCUGAUUCUGGUUGGGUUUCUGGUUCUUCUUCCUUUUUUGUAACCUUCUUGCAGCGCACGCCUCUUCUAUCGCUUUCUCUCUGUUUCAUCUGUCAAUAUUACUUUGUGUUUUUUUCUCUUCCCUUUUCUGCUUGGCUUAUUACAUCAGCCGUGAUAUAACUCAUCAGAAUUCAUUACCUCUUUAUUCUUCGUUGAAUGAUAUGUCUUUCACAGCGCUACAUAUUCUUGUUUGUGCGAUCUUCUGGUAAUGGAUUUGCCAGCGUCUCGUAGUGAUUGGUUGAGGGGCCUCUACGUGGUGUUUGCGUUCUGCUCUGCCCUCUGUCUUGGUGCCCUCAAAGGUUCUCUCCAACCCAAUUUCUUUUCAGUUUUAAUUAUCAUGGCAGCUUUUGGUAUCAUUUUAAUGGGGUAAAUUUCGUUACGUUUUAUUUUUUAUUUUUCCUGAAUUUUUUUCAUUUGAAUUCGAUUAUGGGUUCUUGAAAAUUUCCUUGUUAUUUCCUUAAAUGUUGCAGGUUUACUAGUGGGUCCUAUUGCUGGUCUGAUACUGGUAAUAGGGAAUGUUGGGGUAAUUUUUGGUUUGUUUCCUGCACAUGUUGCCUGGACAGUUUACACCCUUGAUUAAUAGAUUUGAUGCACCGCUUAAAGUUGCUCUCCUGGCUGCUUUGCCAGCCUUAUUCGGUUUAUGGUUGGGUCUUAGCAUUGUUGGGAGUGUUCUUGUGGGAGUGGGCUAUGGAUUCUUCACUCCUUGGGUUUCUACUUUUGAAGCAUUCAGACAAGACAAUGAAUCCAAGAAAUUCUUACAUUGUAUUGUGGAUGGAACAUGGGGAACCAUUGAGGGAAGUUGUACUGUAGUCAGAGAUUUUGCAGAUAUGUGUUAUCAUUCAUACCCACUUUACAUGAAGGAGUUACGUGAAUCUCCUGCUUCAAAUGAUCUUCGAACUCUUAGGUUAAUUCACAUACCCGCAUGUAUCAUUGCUGGAUUGAUGGGGCUAAUUGUGGACAUUCCUCUUUACACCAUGAUUGCAAUAGUAAAGAGUCCAUAUAUGUUGUUCAAGGGCUGGUUCCGACUGAUGCAUGAUCUAAUUAGCCGUGAAGGCCCAUUUCUCGAAACAGCUUGCAUCCCCAUUGCUGGUUUGACAAUCCUUUUGUGGCCAAUUGCUGUUGUUGCAAGCAUCUUAUUGGCUGUUUUUUCGAGCUGUUUCAUUGGAUUGUAUGCAUCAGUUAUAGUAUAUCAGGAAAGAUCUUUCCGGAGAGGUGUGGCAUAUGUGAUUGCAAUGGUUGCUGAAUUUGAUGAGUACACGAAUGAUUGGCUCUAUCUUCGAGAGGGGACUAUCCUUCCAAAGCCCUUGUAUCGAAAGAAAUGUCCUGCUCAAUCAUCUGAAUUUUCUUUUAGAGGAAACCAUGUGCCCGGAGGCAAAAUAAAUUCUCUUUCUACAGAAGCACCUGCAAUGCUUAUGCCAAGCCUAGCUCAUUCGAGAUCAGUCAUGGAAGCCAUACAAGAAGUAAAAAUGGUGCAGAUUUGGCAGGGUAUGAUGAGGUAUUGUGAAAUGAGGGGCAAGGACCUUUUGGAUACUGGUGUAAUUACACCAGCAGAUCUCUAUGAAUGGAUGAAGGCAAAGAAUACUGAUGAAUCAGCCAUUAUUGGCGUUGGCUUGCCUUGUUAUUCUUUCUUGCAGGCUCUUCUCUGCUCCAUCAAAGCCAAUUCUGGUGGUUUACUGCUUGAUGGCAUUGAAGUUACCUACUUCAAUAGACCAAAGGACAAAUUGUUGGACUGGUUAUUUAAUCCAGUAAUGGUCUUAAAGGAACAGAUUAGGGUCAUAAAAUUGGGAGAAGACGAGGUUAACUUCUUGGAGAAAGCGGUGCUAUUUGGAAGUAAUACACAGCGCAUGGAGACAUGGCAAAAUGGCAGUUUGGAACCAGAAGAUGCCCUCAGAGCAGCUCAAAUCCGGGGGAUCAGUAGAAGGAUGAUAGGAAUGAUAAGAAGUAUAUCGAAGUUCCCCACUUACAGAAGAAGAUUUCACCAAAUUGUGAAGGUUUUAAUCACAUACUCGCAAGAUAAGGAGCGUUCUAACAGAUCAACUUCGUUAAGUUCAGUAGCCUCCUUUUAAGAUGUCUAGGAUGAACUUCCAGUAGGUACCUUUUGCUCUUUAUAAAAGUGCUUUUUGUCUGUAAAUUUGUUUACAUGAUUAAAUUGCUGUAAAAAUUUAUUGAGACUGCAAAACAUUUCAUAUUCAAGCAAGCAUUUCAAACA